CCUGAAAACGGGUACGGGUUCUUCGGGUUCGGGUUGGCCUCGGGUUUCGGAUCAGUGGUACCGGGUUCGGGUUCGGGUUUCGGAUUUGCAAGAACCCGACCCGUGAGAAACACUAGUUUUUUAUAAGACAUAUUUAGAAAUGAGAAAAUAAGUAUUAAUUCAUGACAUCACUUUUACCAAUCCUUCCGGUAAUCUGGUACGCCGCAUUCUGUUUUCCAGAGAACAGGAAAAUCUGGAAGUAAUAACACGCCGCAAAAAUAUGCAUUACUAAUUUUACCAAAAUUUCCUUAUUGUUCUAGGAAAGUUGACGAAUAUUUUAAAAUACAUAUACAAAGCUGACUCGUACAUUAAAAAGACAAACUAUUUAUCUCUAAAUGAUGGAAUUUAGACCUUUGUUGGACGAUGAAGCUGGCAAAGGUUGAAGUGCAUCGAAACAUUUAUCGCUGUUGUGCAUAUUAUUAAACAAUACGAGUGCCGCCAGUCAUGUCGAAUACCAGUUUUAUAAUUGUGAUAAUUAACUUUCUCGCAUUAUCAAGUGCAAGUCUCCACUUUCUACCUGGCUGUUGUACAACCAAAGACGAAUGUAAUCAGUGGAUGGACGCUUGGAAAUCGUACAACAGCAGCAGAAAUAUUUGGUUCCAGCUAGUUCCCGAUCAACGACAGCAUGGUUCCUCUUGUUCCUCUCGUUCUGUGGAUAUUCCUAUCGAUGCGAAUAUUUUUACGUCAGGACACGUGGAAAACGAUACGUUAUCAAUUCUUGGAAGCAAUGAGAAUGAUGAAUAUUUUCAGCUUCACUUUUCACCCAACGCCAGCAUCAAGGUGUCCAAUAGCAAUUUUGGGCGACAAUCUUUGAGUGAAAUAAUUUUGGGCGAUUUCCCUCAGGAUUCGUACUGCAUAAGAAAAACGGAUACACAAUUCAUAAAAGUUGAAGUAUGCUUGUCUAAACAUCGUUGGUAUCAAAAGUGCUGUCCCGUAGGUCAAGGUUUCAACUUUUCGUACGGAUGCGUAGAUUUAAACCACAAUAAAUCUCGCACAAAAUUUCCACCAGUAAUCCCUACAAUGAAAAUUGAGGAAGAAAUACAGAAAAUAAGCUAUCCAGUGGUCACGUAUCCCAGCUGCAGCUAUCCCACAAUUAUUAGUAGUGCAUUAGCCAAAUUGGAGUACGUCCCCACCCCAUGGAAGAUUCUCAGUUCCAACCGGAUAGCAUAUUAUGACAGAAAAAUGCACAUUCCACAUUGGAAAAUUGUCACAGAAAACUAUUGUGUCGAUCAACUUGUCCUUUCUCGUGAGUCAAUCGACAGUGACACGUGCGGAGGCGAAGAACAAGACGUUUUGAUCUUUUGUGAAAGUGAAGACAAUACCAACCGAAGCAUUAAUUAUGAUUCUGAGGAAUCUCGGUACAUUUUUUCCUACACAAACAUAACUGCUCUCGGGAUAUCAAUGUGUUUUCUUGCUGCAACCGCUUUGGGAUUCAUUGUGCUAGAAAAGCAAAAUAUCCACAAAAAGUCGAUGCUGUUUUACGUACUGUCGCAAUUCUUGUUUUAUUUUUUCAUCCUUAUCAUUUACGUGGAUCAACUUUGGAAAAUCUUGAGCACAUCGUGGUGUUUUCCUGUCGGAAUUCUUGCCCAUUUCUUUGGAUUGUCCACAUUUACCUGGCUAUUAAUAAUUAACUUUGAUUUAUGGUGGACCUUUAGGGUCUUAAAUCCUUCAACAGACGUACACUGGUCGCGGUUGGUUAUUUAUGGAAUAAUUGCAACCGCGAUUCCAUUCAUGGUCAUCGCAGUGGCUAUUUCCCUCCAACACCUCAGCAAUGAGACGCCGAUAAAGUGUAGGCGUGACAAAGAACCCAGCUUUACCGUCCCCGGCUAUGGGACGGAACAUUGCUUUCUCUCCGAUGAUGCUCAAUUGGUUUACUUUUACACUCCGGUUGGAAUUCUUCUGUUGACAAAUGUCAUUUUCUACUCGUGCACGUCGUACAGACUUUGCAAACUCAAUGUAAAACGGAAAGGACAUUCAGCCAAGAAACAUCGGAGCUCCUGUCAGUUGCUGCUAAAAUUGUUUUGCGUGAUGGGGACAGUCUGGAUACUUCAAGUCAUUCACGCGUUGGUUGACCUACAUGAAAGAACAUGGUACUGGAGCAUUGUGGAUGUUGGAAGCAUGCUGCAGUCAAUUGCAAUCUUUGUCAUCUUUAUUUGCAAACGAGAUAACUGGCGGACUUUGACCAAGAAGUAUCCCAUAUUACAAGGAAUAUUUUGCACUCGGGGUUUGGAAGUUAUCCCUGACACCACGACGCCUGAUGGAAGCACGAGGCUUAGUCGAACGGAGGGGCCGCAGAGAAAAUCAGGCGUGCCCGAGUUUCAGCAACCCAGUGAAAUAAUUCAGUUACCUUUUCAUAACUCUUCUUGAAGUGGUAUUGAUUCAAAAAAGUUUAUGCAUUAAAACUAUACGUCCUUCGAAUAAACCAUAAAUAAGAAGCA